UUCACUUCGAGAUACUGCAUUUUCAUUCCUCUUAGAUAGAAGAUAGUCCUACCGGUCGAACAUUUCUUACUGCAUCAACUGGACUGCAAUGAAAUCUUUCCACGGCGUUUGUUUAGGAAUCUUUCUUGCCUUUGCAAUCAAAAUAUGGGCGAAAGAGUUUCAAUCUGGACACUGGAUUAAAACGGACGAUGCCGAUAACUUGGACGUUCAAAUUUUUCAAAUGAUUAUACUUGAAGACAUUAAAAAAUGCAUCGAAUCAUGUAAAACCAGGAAAAAAUGCAAAUUCUUCAACUUCGACAAUCGCGCAAAACUUUGCUACCUCAUUCAGGGAAACAGCACCAUUUUGCCUGAGAAGAAACUGGGAUUUACCUUCGGAAAUAAGACAGAAUGGGAUAUGACAGGAUAUGAAGCGUGUGGUAACUGCGGUGAUUACAACGUUUGCAAGAAAGGUGGUGACGGCAAAUACUCUAGAUGUCUUAACUCUGGAUGUGGACCGCCGGAAAAGAAGGAAAAUACGACUCUCCUGGGGAACAUGUUCUCCAUCGGGGAUAAGAUCAAGUAUGAGUGCAAGAAAUUUUACAAAUCAAAGAAGGACGUUACGUUGACAUCAAGGUGCGAUGAAAAUGGAACGUGGACUCCAGUAGACAUUGAGUGCGUGCUUGAACAUGACGUUUACAAGUCCUCCGAGGAAAGAUUCUACAAAAUUAUCCGUCAAGAACAGGAAUGGAAUGCUGCUAAAGAAGAAUGUUCAAGUGUUGGUGGACAUUUGAUUGACAUUACAACUGAAGAUGAACAGAAAUCUAUAGAAUACACAUUAAAGCGUUCUAACAGUAAUUUCUACUGUUACUGGACGGGCGGUAGACGAAUAAACGACGUGUUCAGCUGGUUAGAUGGAACAGCUCUUAAUUCUAGCUACACAAACUGGGAUACGAACGAACCUAGUUCUACCCCUGGGGGCGAGGACUGUGUGAAUAUGUACAGCUGUGCUAACGGUUACAGAUGGAAUGACUUAGGAUGCACAAGACUAUGUCAUGUUAUUUGUGAACUUACAUAAAUGACAAGUUUUAAUGUGCUAGUAAUGAAGCCUAUUGAUAGUUGUCACUUUCAAGAAGGGCAUCUGGGAGGACUUUUUCUAAGUCUUAGAUUUUUUUUCUGAUUCUUUGGAUACAGCAAUUUCAGUAAUGAACAGCUAUGUAUUAAAGCAUAUAUUUUAUUUAUUUUCAAAUAUAGAUUAAGCCGUCAAAUGCUAGAAAAGUCA